UCUAUCUUAUCUCCAACACUUAGAUAAUCUAUUUUAUUGGACCACCAUCAUUAUUCAUUAACUCACCACACUUUAUCUUCCACCAUCAUCAUCAAAUUAUCAAGAAAAUAAAGUCAAUGGACCAACUAAAACCAACCCAAGCAAACAACUCUCCACUCACCCCUCUCACCUUCUUAGAAAGAACUUCAACAAUCUACCCCAACACACCUUCCAUCAUCUACAACGACACCGUUUUCACAUGGUCUCAAACCCACAAACGAUGCCUCCAACUUGCCUCCGCCAUCACCUCCUUAGGUAUCCGCCGCGGCAACGUCGUCUCCGUCAUCGCUCCCAACAUCCCCGCCAUGUAUGAACUCCACUUCGCCGUCCCCUUCACCGGAGCUAUCCUUAACAACAUCAACACGCGCCUUGACGCGCGUAUCAUCUCCAACAUCCUCCUCCACUGCGAAUCCAAACUCGUUUUCGUGGAUAUCGCCGCACGUGAUCUUGUUCUCCAAGCUUUAUCCUUAUUCCCUUCAAAACAACAUAAACCUCUCCUUAUUCUCAUCAAAGACCAAACAUUUGAAACAUACGAAAAUGUUUCUUCAUCUUCCACAGUUGAUUUCAUUUCAACUUACGAAGAUCUAAUGGCUUCCGGUGAUCCAAAUUUUAACUGGGUAUAUCCAAACUCAGAGUGGGACCCAAUGUUACUCAACUACACUUCCGGAACAACGUCAUCACCAAAAGGUGUAGUUCAUUCCCACCGUGGAGCUUUCAUCGUAACCGUCGAUACUUUAAUCGAAUGGACGGUACCAAAACAACCGAUUUAUCUAUGGACGCUACCUAUGUUCCAUGCUAACGGGUGGAGCUUCCCGUGGGGGAUUGCAGCUGUUGGUGGAACAAACAUUUGUGUAAGAAAAUUCGACGCUGAAAUUGUUUUUUCUCUCAUCAGAAAACACCACGUGACACACAUGUGCGGUGCUCCGGUGGUUCUUAAUAUGUUAACUAACUCACCUGAUAAUAAACCGUUGCAAAAAACUGUCCAUAUUUUAACAGCUGGAGCACCGCCACCUGCGGCAGUACUCCACCGUACAGAAGCUUUAGGGUUUACAGUGAGUCAUGGUUACGGGCUAACGGAGACCGGUGGAUUGGUGGUUUGUUGUACAUGGAAGAAGAAAUGGAAUUUGUUACCGGCGACGGAGAGAGCAAGGUUGAAGUCACGGCAAGGAGUGAGAACCCUAGGGAUGACAAAGGUUGAUGUAGUGGGUCCAAGUGGUGAAAGUGUAAAACGUGAUGGUGCAACGCUUGGUGAAGUUGUUAUGAGAGGUGGUUGUGUUAUGUUAGGGUAUUUGAAAGAUAGUGAAGGAACAAAAAAUUGUUUUAAGAAGGGUUGGUUUUACACUGGUGAUGUAGGUGUGAUGCAUGAAGAUGGGUAUUUAGAGAUAAAAGAUAGGUCAAAAGAUGUGAUUAUUAGUGGUGGUGAGAAUUUGAGUAGUGUGGAGGUUGAGUCGGUUUUGUAUGGACAUCCGGCGGUGAAUGAGGCGGCGGUGGUGGCGAGGGAGGAUGAGUUUUGGGGGGAGACACCGUGUGCUUUUGUGAGUUUGAAAGAAGGGUUGAAGGAAAGGGAUAUACCAACGGAGAAAGAGAUAGUUGAGUACUGUAGGAAGAAUUUGCCGCAUUAUAUGGUUCCAAAAACGGUGGUGUUUAAAGAUGAGCUUCCAAAGACUUCUACCGGGAAAAUUCAGAAAUUUGUACUUAGACAGAUUGCUAAGGAUAUGGGACCACUCAGGAAGGAUGUUGGACCACCAACAAAAAGUCGCAUGUGAAUGUAGGGAAUUUUGUAUUGCCAAGCCAAGGUGGGUCCAAAGUACAUAGUGAUUGUACUAUGAAAUGAAUCUAUGCCUUAAAUUCAUAAGAUGUUGAACAAAUGAAUACAAUGAACAAUAAAUAAAAAAUGUGUUGUCGAGUAUUGCACGAUUCUUCCUA